AACGUAGCGGGUAUGGCAUCCUGUUUUCACAGUAAAUGUGAAAACAGCUGUUGUACGAUAAAAUAAUUGUUUUGAGAAUUUGACUGUUGUUUUGAAAGUUGUCUUCGCAAAAAGGUGGGACAAAUUUCCGGCUAACUACAGACCUACUCUCCGGUUUCAAGAUGGAUCGCGUAAAAAAUGAACGUAGGCCAUCAGUUUUUCCAAAUCGACCAUGGAUGAUGAGUCUUGGAGCAGCUGCUGCUGGUGGAGAAGGAAAUAAGGGGUUAAAAGGCAUUGUGGCAGGUGGAAUCACUGGUGGAAUUGAAAUUUGCAUUACAUUUCCAACUGAGUUUGUCAAAACCCAAUUGCAGCUGGAUGAAAAGGGCGGAAAGCGAAAAUACGAUGGAAUCGCUGAUUGCGUCAAGAAAACAGUUCGCAAUCAUGGAUUCUUCGGGCUUUAUCGUGGACUCUCAGUUCUUCUAUAUGGCUCCAUUCCAAAAUCGGCCGUUAGAUUCGGAGCUUUCGAAGAGUUUAAAAAGCGCAGUGUCGAUGCCAACGGAAAUUUAUCACCUGGUAAACGUCUGCUGUGCGGUUUGGGCGCUGGUGUGGCAGAAGCCAUUUUCGCCGUGACGCCCAUGGAGACAGUUAAGGUCAAAUUCAUCAACGAUCAACGAUCUGCCAAACCCCAGUUCAAAGGUUUCUAUCAUGGUGUAAGAACAAUCAUCAAAAAUGAAGGCAUCCGAGGAACCUACCAAGGUCUGACGGCCACGAUCAUGAAACAAGGGUCCAAUCAAGCCAUCCGCUUCUACGUGAUGGAAACGUGUAAAGACUGGUAUCGUGGUGGUGACUCGAAAAAAACUGUGCCAAAACUCGUAGUGGGUGCUUUUGGUGCCGUCGCUGGAGCUGCGUCCGUUUUUGGCAACACACCGAUAGACGUCGUCAAGACCCGCAUGCAGGGUCUAGAAGCUUCCAAGUACAAAAAUACCAUGGAUUGCUUCAUCCAAAUCUGGAAGAAUGAAGGUCCAAGAGCUUUCUACAAGGGAACGGUUCCACGAAUGGGCCGCGUCUGCCUGGAUGUAGCAAUCACUUUCAUGAUUUACGACUCAUUCAUGGAUCUUUUCUCAAAAGUGUGGAAGUAAGAAGUAUCCGGUCAACGAGGAAAUGUAACGCACGACUUUGCCUUGAUGUCAUGUUUCCAGAUGUCGUGUUAAGUUUGUAGUUUUGAUGGUUUAGUUUCAAGAACUCGCCGGCUUUUUUUUUUUAUUAUUUUUUAAUUCACAGACUCAGAGAAUUCUUAUGCACAAAAUCAAAGUUUUAGAUUGUUCAUCUACCGGUGAUUUGCUGGAGAUAAUCUUAUUAUUUCUUUUUUUUAGAGAUGUGUUAAUGUUUCUUUGCUUUUCUCAAACAAGGUUGUGGGGAUACCAAAUAGGGGGGUUUUAUUCCAGAAAAUGUGUGAAUUAUUCUACUCUUUCAUUCUGUACGAGCAUUCCGAAAGCCCGGUCAUCAGUGUCUGCAAUGUUUUGUUUACCAUUAUGAUGUUGGAUGUUACACAAAUUGUUCUGCGCACACAUCAUAAUAAUAUCGCACAGCCGUCCCCUUUUGGAAUUGCGACUAAAUGUUGAACAUUUAUAUACACUGUAUUAUUGCCGCGACGCUACAAUACAGCAAUGAAAAUCGA